CAUUGGAUCUGCUUUGUGUAUAUAUGUAAAAUAUAACUUCUUGGAGACAAUCACAAGCUCAUAACAACACAUAAGCAAAGAAAAACACAGAAAAUCCUUGCAAGAAAAUAUGAAGUUUGCUGCAAUCUUCUUGGUUACUUGUGUCUUAUUCUCCCUUCUCCCAAGCCACCUGUCACAAGGUAAAAAAUCAAGCAUGGAUCCUACGAGGAGGCCGUGGUGUCCGUCGAAAAAACAAGUGUUUGGUGGUCACUGUGGAAACGAUGGAGCACAUCUUUGUCUAAAUCUUUUAGCAAGUAGUUGGGAUAAUAGUGUAAGGCAUAGCCCCAUCUCCUGCAAUUGCACUGAUUAUCCUAACUACAAAGUUCUCUGUAGUUGUCCUAAUAUGAUUUGCCCCUAGAAAUUUCUAUGUAUCAAGAAUAAUGUUUCAGUUUCCGAUAAAAAGACCAAAGAUGAUAUACUUAAUUCGUUACAAAGAAUUAUAUUCUACAUGCAC